GUAAGAAGUGAGAUCAAACCUGGAAAUGGAGUGGACAUGUAGUUCGCUAAUCUGGCUGGUUUCUUCUUUUUCAGCUGCUCUUCUUCUUCUUCUUCAUCUGAUCAGCCCAACAAAGGGCAGCAAUGGCUCCAAUAAAAAGAGACCACCAGGGCCACCAGGAUGGCCGAUUGUGGGCAAUAUGUUUGAUCUUGGAACAAUGCCUCACCAAAAUUUGUACCAACUUAGAACCAAAUAUGGAUCGGUUCUUUGGCUAAAGCUUGGUUCAACGAACACCAUGGUCAUACAGUCUGCAAAGGCUGCUGCUGAACUGUUCAAGAAACAUGAUCUUCCUUUCGCGGACCGCAAAGUUCCAGAUGCACUAACUGCCUUGUGCUACAACCAGGGAUCAUUGGCUUUUGGCAAUUAUGGUCCCAACUGGCGCAUGCUGCGUCGGGUCUGCUCCAUGGAGCUUCAAAACAAUAAACGAAUCAAUGAGUCGGCUUCGCUUAGGCAAAAGUGCAUUGACAAUAUGAUAAUAUGGAUCGAGGAGGAUUCAGCAGCGUCGCGUGCACAGGGAGGAACAGGUGAAGUGCAACUGCUCAGAUUCCUGUUUAUCAUGGCUUUCAACGUGGUUGGCAACCUCAUGCUAUCAAGAGAUCUUCUGGAUAUACAGUCCGACGAAGGGCAGCAGUUCUUUGACGCCAUGAACAAGUUCAUGGGAUGGGCGGGGAAGCCUAAUGUAGCAGAUUUCCUGCCAUUUCUGAAAUGGCUAGACCCAAUGGGGAUCAAGAGGAAUAUGGUGCGGGACAUGGGAAAAUGCAUGAAGAUUAUCUCUGGGUUUGUCAAGGAGAGGGUUCAAGAAAAGCAGUCAGGAAGAGAGAAGAUGAGAAAGGACUUCUUGGAUGUGUUGAUGGAGUACGAAGGUGAUGAAAAAGAAGGGCUUGGUAAGAUUUCAGAGAGGAAUGUGAUCAUCAUUAUCCUGGAAAUGUUUUUCGGUGGAUCAGAAAGUUCAAGUAGCACCAUUGAAUGGGCAAUGACAGAACUAUUACGCAGCCGUGACUCAAUGAAAAACGUUAAGGAAGAGCUUGAUAGGGUCGUAAGACCUAAUAGGAAGGUCGAAGAGAGUGACAUCAAUGAACUGCCCUAUUUGCAGGCAGUUGUCAAAGAAACACUUCGAUUACAUCCAGCAAUUCCUUUAUUGGUUCCACGGAAUGCAAGGGAAGAUGCCAACUACAUGGGAUAUCUCAUAGCCAAAAAUACGCAAGUGAUAGUGAAUGCAUGGGCAAUUGGAAGGGACCCCGAGGCCUGGGAUGAUCCUCUAUCUUUCAAGCCAGAGAGGUUUUUAGGUUCAGAUAUCGAGUACAAGGGCCAGCAUUUUCAGUUCAUUCCAUUUGGAUCAGGGAGACGGAUUUGUGUGGGCUAUUCCUUGGCUCAUAGAGUUGUUACCCUUGGUCUGGCUAGCUUGCUACACUCCUUUGACUGGGAGCUUGAUAGGUAUGUGACUCCAGAGACCAUAGACAUGAAGGAGAGGACGGGGUUAACGUUGCGGAAGCUAGAUCCCUUGAGAGCAAUUCCCAAAAGACGAACUGUGUGAAAAUGAAUUGUUAGAUAAAACAUACCCUGGAGGCCAUGGGCAUGUAAGAUUACUGUUGUGUUCUCCUCUUUAUGAUUGUAUCCAAGCUUGUAUGUGAUUGACUUCUAUGGUCACAAAAAUACCUCCUAGUUUUCUUUGUAAUAUAGAAUAACCGAUCUUCCUUCCAGCAAUUUGAAAUUUCUUGAAUGUGUAUGGCUAUAUUUUGCAAUCUAAUAAAUAAAUUUUGAACCAUGAACAUUA